AUGAAUGCCCUAAUCGUGUUAUUGGUGUCCUUGGCGGCGGCGGCUCACGCCGUGCCAGCUUACGUUCCCCAUGGAAAAGAGGUGACUUACAAGUACUCGGUCGAUGUGAAAUCCGGACUGAUGAUGCCGGCUGAAUACGCGUCCGUGUUCGGCAUCGACUGUCGUCUUCGCGUAAAACACUACGCCGGUGAUCCGGAUUGGCCGAAUUCCUACUAUGUUGAAUUGACGAACGUAAUGCACAGGCUGUACAAUGGACCAGCUAGACACGACGAGCAUCUCAAUGUUACGUCGCUUCAUGUUCCCGAGAUCGCCAAGUCGAUCGAAAGUCCCUUUGUGAUCGUUUGCAACGAACACGGCCAGUUGGUAGGUUUGAAAUUCGUGGGACCGGAACGCGAGUGGUCGAAGAACAUAAAGAGGGCGAUCGCCUCUAUGCUUCAGCUGGAUAUGGUUCACAUCUUCGCCCAGAGCCCGGUGAAAUCGCAUAGUUUCAUAAACCGCGAGGAAACCAUCCAUGGCUGGUGCGACGUGUCCUACAACGUUCAUCCCAAGAUCCAAGAUUCUUCGGUGGACACUAACGAGUUGGUGGUCACGAAAAUACACGAACCGUUGAACUGCACCAAAUUUUCAUACCUCACGUUCAAUAAUAUCGAGCACAACAACUCGUGCCAAAUCCCGGAAGAGAACGGCAUGACCACCGCCAGCAGACGAGUGUUCGAGAUCGAACACCACGGACAGGAGAUAUUAAUAAAGAAGUUUAUCGGUCACUCUGUCAUCAACUAUUUCCCUUGGCUCGCCAAAGCCGAGGCUCACUACCUUCUCACCAACCAAACGUUGAUCUUCGACGACAUCAAAGAUCUGAUUACGCACGACGUGCAAGCGAUGAACGAUCAAAUCGAUCGUCGCAUCACUUUCACCGAACCGACCACGAACUACGACGUCACCGGUGACUUGGAUGAUACCCAAGGUCGACACCAAAUCAAGGCCAAAGACGAUAUCGACAAAGUGAAGAAGAUGUUGGACGAAGCCGCCAGCUACCUCAAAGAGAACCACACGGAGCAGAGACAGCCAGAAUGGAAGCACGGUCAAACGAUUAACAGGCUACUGUACACUAUGGGUCGCAUGAGUCUUGAAUCGUUGGUUAAAGUGUUCAACGACGUCGAGGGCGCCGCAGAUAAAAAGGCGGUAACGAUGAAAAAUGUUUUCCUCGGAAUGGUGUCGAACGUAGGAACCACGGCCGCGUGUCAUUUCACGCGAAACGCGAUCCAACGAAAGACCGUUUCCGAUUUGACCGCCGUCGCGAUGCUCAGCAAGCUUCCGAUGAACGUGAAACAUCCGUCGGAACAGCUGCUUAGAGACAUGGAGGUGUUACUGGGCCUGGACGAGUCCGUUUCCGUCGACGUGAGGAAGGCUAGCAUACUUUGUUUUUCUACCCUGGUCCAUAAAACUCACAAGAACGGCACCUACACCCCUCUCCUGGACUUUUAUUUGAACCGCUUCAACUACGGUUUCGAAAACAGCCCAACGCAGGAGAUGAAGAUGACGUACCUGAUGGCCAUCAGAAACACCGGUGUGCCGAAGAUUCUAGAUUUUCUGGAGCCAGUCAUCCGUGGCGAUGUUGUCGUAUCCGAGAAUCCACAUAUGUACCGAGUAUAUGCUAUUUGGGCCAUCAAAGACGUGGCCGUUGAGUUCCCGACUCGCGCGCACGACUUGCUCUGGCCAGUUCUCAGCAACGUCACUCUUCCAGUGCCGGUCAGGAUCGUCGCUUACGAAGUAUUGAUGCAUCAGUUGCCUUAUACGAAUCGUCUCAUGGACGUGUACUGGUUCAUGGUAUACGAGAAAAACGAAGACCUGUACAACUACCACGUAGAAACGAUCAAGGGCCUGGCGUCUUCCUCCAAUCCGUGCUUUAGACCAGUCCAGGAACUGGCUAGGAAAAUAUUGAAGUUCACGAGAAUGAGAAACGUUCCUGGUCCGCUUUCGACCAAGUUCCACGUCGACUCAUUCGACGAGACACACGGACACAGCGAAGCCGUAAAGGUCUCGUUGAUCGUUGAUCGCAAGUCCGGUCUGCCAUACAUUGGCACGGCCAAUCUCUUAUCGUCCGUCGCUCGCAAACCUGUCAGUCGAUUGGGUGUUCAUUGGUACAUCGAAGGUUUGCCCGGAGUGAUGAAGGAAACCAUGAACAAGAUUUUCGGUAGCGCCGUGAAAGGUGUCAUCAAACAGAACGUGAGGGGCUUGAUAACCGAAACAGCGAAGAAUAUCAAGGCAAUCGGGCCUUUCAAGAUACAAUUGGUUCUUACGACCUUGAACGAUAACGUUGUCACGGUGCUCCACUACGACCAAGACACUUGGUGGGAGAUUUUCGACAAACUGAAUUGGUGGAAGCAGUGCAUCACCGAGCACAGUAAACAAAUUAACGCGCAGAACGUUUAUUACGACGACAACUACGAGAUGCACGUGCCUACCGACUUUGGGGUACCGGCUGUCUUGGCUACGAAAUCACCUGUCCUCGACUCUUUGAAACUGAGCAUGGUCUGCUCGAAAGAAAUGGAUCUGACCAAGAUGCAACUGAAGAUGAAGUAUCAGGAAUGGACGCACGGGGAGUACUUCAUGUCGAUCUACAAUCCCAUCGCCGAUACUUGGCACGGUAUACGCAGAACAGGAACACGGGACAUUGUCAUACCGCACGAUCUGACAAUUGUUUAUAACAAUGUUUCGAAUAGUAUUAAGAUUACCACGCCAAGACUGCCGAUGAACGAAUAUUCGACCAUUGGGUUAUUGACUCAAGCCAAAAACUACGUCACCGUGAGGGACGAAACGGACACUUUGACGAAAAGCUGUCCCGAUUGCUCUCACGUUCAGAACGUCACCGGUGUCGUCAGCAACAGGACACACGAGCACGACGUACACUUGAAGGAUAACGGGCUUCGAUAUUACUUAGGAAUAUACAAUUGCGAGGGCCACGUUACUCCCUUGCCUAUCGCCGACUGGUACAACGCGAUCGCUUUCGAUCGUAGCGAACCCAUGAAUUUCCAGAAAUACGUACGUCUUCUUAUAAGACUGCGUCAGAAGGUGAAGAACGACAUGAUCUCGUCGCAACAUGCGAGUUGUUCGAAUCUGAUCAAAGUGGAACCAAGCGUCGUCUAUCCUGCUUCGCAGGUCGAUUGCACCGCGAAAGUUAAUAUCAGAGAUACCCCCGGAGAUAAAUUGAACGCCCUCGAAGCUAUGAAGGUCGACAUCCGUGCGACCAUGGACACCAAAGGGGACAGAAACGUAUCCAUAGUGCAGUGGGACGCGAAUGUUGUCGUGCACAUGUCACCAGGACACGAACACAAUCGCAUGCAUACUGAGUUCACCCGCACCAUUCCGGGAGAGAAGAAUUUGAAGAUAUGCAUUGACGGACAGAAGGACUACCCACACAUCGACGCCGAUCCGUUACGCGUUACCGAUACGGACAAGGAGACCCACACGAAAGUAACGAUCGUCGCGGGAGAAACGACGGAGAACAAAUGUGUGCACGAUAAAAUGGAUGUCACGGUGAACGUGAAAGGUGAGAUGUCGCAGGAGCAAAAGGAUCACACGCAGCACGAGCACAUUGCCCAGGUUUGUCGCGAUCAGAUGAACGAUCCAGACUUUCAUACCGAGGAGAUGCACGUUCCAAAGACUUGGGAAUGUAUCCGGGAAGCUGUGCUUCACUCAACUCUGAGGAAAUACACCGCGAACAUGGAAUUGAAGAAGGUCCCUUCGUUCGUGACAAGAGACACAAACGUGAUGCAAAGUUUAAUGCGAGCUUUUUACAUCGAUCAUAUGGAUUAUACUGGAGAACUCACGUCGCCUGGAAACGUAAAAGUGCACUUGGACUAUUCAACCGAGACACCCACGGUUGACCUGGUCACUCUACGCUCGACGCAUAGCUACCAUAUACUUCAACUGCCGUUCGGUGACACGGUUUGGAAUAAGUUAAUGGACAACGUUAAUCUUCCUAUGCCCAUGUUGACGCAAUACGUUGACGAUACAAGCAAGCAAUGCACAGUCUACUCUCGAGUUCGAGUAGCUUUCAACAAUUCCAUUAUUCGAGAUAAGGUUCCCAACGCUUGGACAGUUUUGUCUGGUCACGAAAGCGACACCGAAAACAUAUUUAAAGUUUCUGUGAAAGGACUGCCAAACGACAGAUUGGCCAUGUUGUGUAAAAUUCGAAAACAUAAAAUAGAAAUCGAACCCGCUGAUUCGAAGGUGAUAGUCAAGGUCGACGACGUACAAAUAAAUAAUUACGCAAAUGGUAUUUUAGUACCUAAGGGUGAUAUGGAGACCUACUUUAUGAAGUUGACCUCGAAUUAUGGUCAUUUGAUUAUACAAUCAAAAUGGGCACCAUUGAGCAUCUUUUACACGCCAAACAGUGUGACCGUAUUAGUAACUACUGAACUUCGGGGUUCUAUAUACGGUUUAUGUGGAUCCAUGAACAAUCCCGAAAUUCCAAAAGUUCAUACUCCUUUGGGCCAUUGA